AUGCGAUCAAUCCUGCGUGCACAUUCUUUAUAUUUCCUUAUCCUCCAAUCUGCCUGCAAGUCGAAGCCUACUGGCGCCAGUCAGCUCGCCGUUCUUGGAUUGUCACCGCGCGAAGAGUUGUUGAGGACUCCCCGCAAUCGUAUAAACAUCGGAUUGGUUAGGAGAUUCCAUACUUCAUCACUGGUCAUGGCAGCUGAACAGGCUCAGGCUGCCGACCAGUUGGUGCAGCAUGAAAGCAAGGAAUACAAGGCAGUGAAGGAAGGAUUGGCAUCUAUCUUGACCCCGCCAACCCAGAGCAAGAUACAGGCAAAGGAUGACAGACCAGAAAGGCCAGACCAUGAGGUUCAAUCGGUCUUCUAUAACCCGAUUCAGCAGUUCAACCGGGACCUAAGUGUCCUCGCGAUCAGGGCCUUUGGAGAACACGUGCUAGCAUCGAAGAAACAGAAAGCAGAGAAGCGAAAGCAGAGAACGGCAGGGAAUAAGAAAGGCACAAAGCGAAAGAGGGGGGAGGAGAACAGUCAGGAGGAGAAGCAAGAAGCAGAAGGUGUGCAGGAAAUUAAAGUCGCCGAAAAGAAUGAGCCAGUCGCGGAAUCGCAUCCAGAGCAGAACACUCCGCCAUCCUUUACUAUCCUCGACGCUUUGUCUGCCACCGGGUUGCGUGCUUUACGAUAUGCCUCGGAAAUCCCGUUUUCCACCUGUGUUGUGGCCAACGAUCUCUCACCCUCGGCGAUUCAGUCGAUGAAGAGAAACAUCGAAUAUAAUGGGCUUGGGAAGAAGAUUCAGCCCAACAUAGGCGAUGCGCGUGCGUAUAUGUAUAGUUGCCUCAGCCCUGGAAGUAGCAAUGAGCAUGGAAGCCACACGGGGAAGUUUGACGUGAUUGAUCUGGACCCUUACGGGACGGCUGCGCCGUUCCUGGAUGCGGCAGUACAGGGUGUCAAGGAUGGGGGUCUUCUCUGCGUGACUUGCACCGAUGCUGGCGUCUGGGCUUCGAAUGGGUACCCCGAGAAAUCAUUUGCAUUGUAUGGAGGCGUUCCAAUCAAGGGGGGGCAUUCGCACGAAGGCGGACUGCGUCUCAUUCUACACGCACUCGCGACGGCUGCUUCGAAAUACGGACUCGCCAUCGAACCGCUCCUUUCUCUAUCGAUUGACUUCUACGCGCGCGUUUUUGUCCGCGUACACCGGUCUCCACAUGAAGUUAAGUUCACAUCAGGUAACAUGAUGCUGGUUUAUAACUGCGACGCAGGUUGUGGAGCAUGGUCUACACAACCCCUAUCAGCGACGAAACAAAGAUUGGACAAGAAAGGAAACCCGUUCUACCAUUUCGGAUUUGCCCAAGGGCCCACCGCAGGUCCGCACUGCUCCCACUGUGGGAUCAAGACGCAUUUGGCAGGGCCAAUGUGGGCUGGGCCGCUUCAUAACCCCCAUUAUAUCCAGAAGAUUUUGGACAUGCUCCCUGGGGCAGACAAGGAGAUAUACCAGACCACGGAUCGAAUUGAAGGCAUGUUGACCACAGCACUUGAGGAAGACCUGGAUCUUGCCUCUUCUUCUACUACCACUACGGAGCAUCCCGAUGCCGCUAAAAGAGAGAAUCGCAACGAGUCAGCUGAGCCGUCAGCUAUCAUCCCGCGCCUCGAUCCCGCAGCUCGGGAACCGUAUCCUUUCUAUAUGAACAUCAGCUACUUGUCAAAGGUGCUGCGCACAUCGACGAUGCCCGUCGACUCGUUCCGCGGGGCUCUUCGUCAUCUCGGCUACCGCACCACACGUAGUCAUGCAAAGCCCAAUACCAUCCGCACAGACGCUCCCUGGGAAGUGAUCUGGGAGGUCAUGAGGGAAUGGGUUCGGCAAAAGUCCCCCGUCAAGGAGAGCUCUCUCAGCUCGGGCUCUCCGGGGGCAGCCAUCAUGGCGAAAAGCCGGGAAAAUCUCCGCAAGCUCGGUGAGCAGGACCAGCUGCUGUCCUCGCUCAAGAGCGAGAUCCUGUCCGCCGUGGAAAGUGGCAAGGACGUGAGUGAUCUGGUGACUAAGGUCGAAGCGGCUUUGUACCGGUCUGGGUCCAGACAGGCGCUAGGUCAAGCUAUUGAGGGCCAGGCUGCACCAGCCGUUGUUCAGAAGCCAGCAACGACUUCUUUCACUGCCACACCGCAUCCCAGCACCUUGGAGGUCGUAUUCGACGAGGCUUUGGGCAGGGAGGCGUCUGCAGCCAACACGAAGAAACGGCUCGUUCGCUAUCAGGUGAACCCUCGAGCAAAUUGGGGUCCUCUUAGCCGAGCCAGUGCAAGCUAA